AUGCCUAACACUAGUACUGCUCUCUCUUUCGGACCUGUCGACUGCAGUGACAAAGUCGAUGUCACUGGUAAAGUCGGUGUCGCUGGCAACCACAUCUUCAUGGAUGUCGAAAACCUGCUCGUAGACUGGCCAACAUAUACGAUCAAGUUCACGCCGACCCACCCAGGACCCGUGACACUUAUAUUGCGUUUAAAAGACGUGUCUAGAUUCAAAUAUGUCGAAGAUGAGGACAGCGACAUGGAGACAUCAGAAUCGAAGGCUUGCAAGAUCUCUUCGUCUAGCACGAAGGACGACCUGGAUGCGACAUUUGUCUUCGAAGAGACAACCUCCAAGACCGACGAUAACCCCAAUCUCUUCAUCGCAACUCCAGUGAGGCUCGACGCAAUCAGGAAGGACUUUUCCUCGAAAAAAUGCAAGCUCGGUCAUGGUCACUUCUUUGGAGAUGCAGAUUCCGCUUGGCCCCCCCGCUGGCCUCUUGUAUUUCUUGUCCACCCACGAGUGCGCUAUGUUUCCAAGGCUUCCAAGAUAUGCCUCUCCACCAACCUCAUCCAUCAACGAGCCGUCGAAUGCGAACAUUCCCAAGAGGCUUCUCAGAACGCCCAGCCCGGUACCAUUAAGCGAAUGCAGUUUACAUUCAGUAUCGAUGCUCCCCCAGCUCAUUCCCUGCAACUUCAUCUUCAUCCUACACCUUCUCUGGCGAAGGCUCCACCCCCACCAAGCCAGACCUCAAGCCUAGCGUUGAGUUCAGAGAAGGUCGCAGGCACAGGAGAGGUGACGGAUCCUCUGUCACUAACCAUGCUUCUUCCGACCCCGCAUCCAACCAGAACAGUGUUUCUUCUACAACUAACGACUCAUCUUGCGAAAAAUUCGCCACCUCAUAUGAAAAACUUCACUUCCCUCCCAUCUUUAGUACUUCGUUCGGUCCAACUGCUAUCCUCUACUCCACCCCCACCCUAUCUAACCCCAUGA